AUGCCAGGGGGGCAGUACCAGGUGUCCACCAGGAGGAGGACUCUCCACAGCCGCUAUAGCCUGUCAGUCAGCUCAUUAGGUCGGCAGGAUGAGGAGGAGGAUACCCCGCCACCAUGCCUCAGCCCUCUGGAGAAGCUCACCACCAAAAUGUGUCAGGAUGAGCAGGUCAUCAAGGAGCUGACCGUGGGCCGUAGGAUUGGCUUCUACAAGGUCCGAGGUGAGAUCGGCUCUGGAACCUUCUCCCACGUCAAAAUGGCCUUCCACUCCCUCACCAAAGACAAGGUGGCCAUCAAGGUGCUGGAUAAAAUGCGGCUGGAUGUUCAGGCCCAGAGGCUGCUCUCCAGGGAGAUCUCCAUCAUGGAGGCCCUGCAGCAUGCCAAUGUGGUGCGUCUGUACGAGGUGGUGGAGUCACACAGCCGACUGUACCUGGUGCUGGAGUAUGCCGGGGGAGGGGACCUCCACACACACAUCUGCUCCGAUGGCAAGCUGUCAGAAGCCGAGGCCAAGAUCACCUUUGCACAAAUCCUAUCCGCCAUCAAAUACAUGCACGACAAAAACAUAAUCCACCGGGACCUGAAGGCUGAGAAUGUACUGUACACCUGUAAUGGCUGUGUGAAGGUGGCUGACUUUGGCUUCAGCACCAGGGUCACCAACUGCAGUGACACCCUGGACACCUUUUGUGGAUCUCCCCCUUAUGCUGCGCCUGAACUCUUCAGGGACGAGUGCUAUGUGGGGCCGCCAGUGGACGUAUGGGCCAUGGGCGUCCUGCUCUUCUUCAUGGUGACUGGCACCAUGCCCUUCCGAGCCGAAACCAUGGGCAAGCUGAGGCUCGUUGUUAUAGAGGGGGUCUACACCCUCCCGCCCUGGGUGCCAGGCCCAUGCCAGCGGCUGAUUCGGGGCAUCCUGAAGCCUGUGCCAGUGGAACGCUAUGCAGUGGACCAGAUGCUGGGCUGUGACUGGCUGCUUCCUGUGGAGUACCCGUGGACUGUGGUGCCAACGGUCCCCCUCAACCCUCUGCGCCUGGCGGAUGCAGAGCCUGGGGAGCUGGAUGAUGAGGAGGAGGAGAUCAGGGCCUCCCUGGAGGAGCUGGGUGUCAACAUGGAACACAUACGCAACAAUGAGGGCAAGGACAGCCGCAGCCCCAUCACCGGACUUUACCGCAUCCUCUUACACCGUGCCCAGAAAAGGCGUGGCGCUGAGACUGUGCCUGUGGUCGGAGGGUUGGUCCGGGACCCUAAAAGAGAAGGCCUCCGAGCUUACAGAAGUCUGAUGCACUCCUCCAGGUUAUGUGUCCUUCAGUAAGUGACCAGCCUGGACGUGGGUCCUUGUAAGCCUGCUUUAAUCCAUUGAAAAUUCACUCAGGGUCAUACAGCUACAAAUGUU